UCUUAAUAAAGAAAUUCAAUUUGUCCAGUUGAGGGUGGCACAGUACAGUCCGAGGAGCCAAAGGCAAAGCCAGACCCGUCCUUUGCAGUUGUCCAAAGGAUAACUCCUCCAGCUGCUUCUACUCUGUAUGAUCCGGGGCCUAUAAAGCCCUCAGAUCCGCCCAAAUUUCUCUAAAAGCUUUCUUUCCUGAUUCGAUCAUGUCUCAUUCGGCACUUUCCCAGGUUUCUGUAACUGUUCCUGUUGGAGGGGACUAUUCUGUUAGAAAAUCAGUGUUCAAGACAAAUAACAUAAGCUUCCAUGAUAAAUCAUGGGCACCUAUGGUAACUUUGGACUUGAAAACAAAGAGUGGAGGGCCAAGAGAUCGGCACAUAGUGUGCAUGUCAGUGCAACAAGCAAGUGUACCUAAGGUUGCUGUUUCUCCUCUAGAACUUGAAAAUGCCAAUGAGCCCCCACUAAAUUUAUACAAGCCUAAGGAACCUUAUACAGCAACCAUUGUUUCUGUCGAGAGACUUGUAGGCCCAAAAGCUCCUGGAGAGACUUGUCACAUUGUGAUUGAUCAUGGUGGCAAUGUUCCUUACUGGGAAGGCCAGAGCUACGGUGUAAUUCCCCCUGGUGAAAACCCCAAAAAACCAGGAAGCCCCCACAAUGUUCGCCUUUAUUCUAUUGCAUCCACGAGGUAUGGAGAUUUUUUCGAUGGUAAGACAGCCAGCUUGUGUGUCCGUCGUGCUGUUUAUUAUGACCCUGAGACAGGAAAUGAGGAUCCUUCAAAGAAUGGUGUAUGUAGCAAUUUUCUGUGCAACUCAAAGGCUGGAGAUAAAGUUCAGAUCACAGGACCUUCUGGCAAGAUUAUGCUUUUACCUGAAGAUAAUCCAAAUGCAACCCACAUAAUGAUUGCUACUGGCACUGGUGUUGCUCCCUUCAGAGGCUACCUCCGUCGUAUGUUCAUGGAAUCUGUCCCUACAUUUAAGUUUGGUGGUCUUGCAUGGCUAUUCCUUGGGGUGGCCAAUUCUGACAGUCUCCUCUAUGAUGAAGAAUUCACCAAGUAUCUUAAGGACUAUCCUGAUAACUUCCGGUAUGAUCGAGCACUUAGUCGAGAACAAAAGAACAAGAGUGGAGGCAAGAUGUAUGUUCAAGACAAGAUUGAAGAAUAUAGUGAUGAAAUUUUUAAACUAUUGGAUGCUGGGGCUCACAUCUAUUUCUGUGGUCUCAAGGGAAUGAUGCCUGGAAUCCAAGAAACUCUAAAAAAGGUCGCAGAGCAGAGAGGGGAGAGUUGGGAAGAGAAGCUUUCGCAACUCAAAAAGAACAAGCAAUGGCAUGUUGAAGUAUAUUGAUAUGGUACAUGCCGACUUAAUUCGUGCCUUCAGAGUCUUGCUGUUAGUUAUUAGAUUUCUUUCUUGCCCACCAACUUUUAAGAGUAACUAGCGUAGUGUUAACAUUCUUCCCUAUUAUUAAAUAACUGAGAGAGAAUUCUCGUGGAUGAAACAGAUUUGGAAAACUCUUUGAAUGGUGACUCUCAGAAUUUGGCUUCUAUUAAACUAUUUGUUUGUUGCAAAA